AUGGACGACCUCUUCGACGUCUUCAAUGAGACUCCACAGGAGCCGGUUGAAGUCGGGUCUGUGGCCGUGCCGAUAGCCGAACCUGACUCCAAGAAAAGACCGGUGACUGACCUAAGCGAUGAGGAGACAUCAGUUUCAGAGAAACCCAAGCUCAAGCAGAAAAAGGCCAUUGUCAAGGACAAGAAAACUGUCAAUCCCGUAGUGGCUGACAGUCUUGAGAUUGAAGCUUCUAGAGAGGUUAAAGCGUCCAGUGGACUACUGGGCGGAGAUACUACCGAAGAUGGUAAAGGACCAGUCAAGCUUAGCCAUCAAGUGCGGCAUCAAGUGGCGGUUCCACCAGAUUAUCCAUACAUUCCAAUUUCCGAGCACAAGAGAGUGAAUGAGGCAAGAACGUAUCCUUUCACAUUGGAUCCGUUCCAGGACACUGCCAUCUCGUGUAUUGAUAGAAACGAGUCAGUGCUGGUAUCUGCCCAUACCUCUGCAGGAAAGACUGUUGUUGCCGAAUAUGCGAUUGCUCAAUCACUCAGAGAGAAGCAGAGAGUUAUAUACACGUCUCCAAUCAAAGCCCUGAGUAACCAGAAAUACAGAGAGCUGUUGGCGGAGUUUGGCGAUGUGGGUCUGAUGACUGGUGAUGUCACCAUCAACCCCGAUGCUGGGUGUUUGGUGAUGACUACUGAGAUUCUGCGGAGUAUGCUGUACAGGGGCUCAGAAAUCAUGAGAGAGAUCUCCUGGGUCAUCUUUGACGAAGUUCAUUACAUGAGAGAUAAGUCCAGAGGUGUUGUUUGGGAAGAGACCAUCAUACUUCUACCCGAUAAGGUUCACCACGUCUUUCUUUCGGCCACUAUUCCUAACGCAAUGGAAUUUGCGGAGUGGAUAUGUCAGAUCCAUGCCCAGCCAUGCCACGUUGUGUACACAGACUUCCGUCCUACGCCGUUGCAGCAUUACCUAUUCCCGGCAGAUGGAGAUGGAAUUCACUUGGUGGUUGACGAAAAGGGAACUUUUCGCGAGGAAAACUUUCAGAAAGCAAUGGCAUCCAUCUCCAACAAGAUGGGCGACGACUCUGGUGCUGUGGAGAAAGGAAAAGGCAAGAAAGGUCAAUCGUACAAGGGUGGUCAGAAAGGUGGUAACUCAGACAUCUAUAAGAUUGUCAAGAUGAUUUGGAUGAAGAAAUACAACCCAGUGAUUGUCUUCUCUUUCAGCAAAAGAGACUGCGAGUCUUUGGCCUUGAAAAUGUCCAAAUUAGAUUUCAACACUGACGAAGAGAGAUCUGCUCUGGAGACUAUUUUCAACAAUGCUAUUGAAUUGCUGAACGAAUCCGACAGAGCGUUGCCCCAAAUCAAACAUAUUCUUCCUCUUUUGAAGCGUGGAAUUGGUAUCCAUCAUUCUGGCCUGCUGCCUAUUCUGAAGGAAAUCAUUGAGAUUUUGUUCCAGGAAGGUUUCCUCAAGGUGCUAUUCGCAACAGAGACGUUUUCCAUUGGUCUGAACAUGCCUGCUAAAACUGUUGUUUUCACUUCGGUUAGAAAAUGGGAUGGAAAAGGAUUCCGGUGGGUUUCUGGAGGUGAGUAUAUUCAGAUGUCUGGUCGUGCUGGUCGUCGUGGUCUUGACGACAGAGGUAUUGUGAUCAUGAUGAUUGACGAGAAGAUGGAACCCCAGGUUGCCAAGGGAAUGGUCAAAGGUGUUGCUGAUAGACUCGACUCAGCAUUUCAUUUGGGUUACAACAUGAUUUUGAACCUCAUGAGAGUCGAAGGUAUCUCGCCCGAGUUUAUGUUGGAGCACUCGUUCUUCCAGUUCCAGAGCUGUGCAUCUGUGCCGUUACUGGAGAAAAAGGUUUCAGAGUUAGAGGAGAAGAAGAAUUCGAUUGCAAUUGAGGAUGAGGGAAUGGUUAAGGAAUACUACGAUCUGAAGAAACAGCUGGGUGUAUAUCAAAACGAUAUACGCCACAUCGUGACACAUCCAAGCAACAUCUUGCCGUUCUUGCAAGGCGGAAGGAUGAUCAAAGUCAAGGUCAAGGAUGCUGAUUAUGGCUGGGGUGUUAUAAUCGAUUACUCGAAAAGAAACGCCAAAAGAAACUCCUCUGCCUUCACGGAUCAUCAGCAGUACCUGGUGUAUGUGUUUGUGACAACGAUGUUUGCUGAUUCUCCUGUGAACUUGAUCAAGCAGAUCAGUCCAGACAUCCCAGAGGGAAUCAGACCAGCCAAGGAGGGCGAAAAAACCACAUCUGAAGUCAUCCCAAUCACCCUCGAGUCCAUUACGGAGGUGAGCAAUAUCAGACUUUUCUUGCCCGAAGAGGCCAAGAAGAAGCCCACUGAUAUUAGGUCUUUUGGAAAGGUUCUUACCAAAACGAUCAAGGAGGUUGGAAGAAGAUAUCCAGAUGGGGUUCCAUUGCUGGAUCCUAUCAAGAACAUGAAGAUCGAAGACCAGGACUUUAACAACUUGCUGAAGAAGUCUGAGGUGAUUGAGUCCAGGCUGAACUCAAACGGUUUGGCACAGUCAGAACAUCUGAAGACUUCCUACGAGAAAUACAGCGAAAAGGUCUCCACAAAUGAUGAAAUUCAAGCCACAAAGGCCAAGAUCGUGGAAGUCAAGUCUGCCAUCCAAUUGGAUGACCUCAGACACCGCAAGAGAGUUCUUAGAAGACUGGGAUUCUCCAGUCAAUCAGAUAUCAUCGAGCUCAAGGGAAGAGUUGCUUGUGAGAUCAGUUCUGGUGAUGAGUUGCUAUUGACCGAGUUGAUCUUCAGUGGUGCCUUCAACGAGCUCACCUCCGAGCAAUGUGCUGCUCUUCUUUCGUGUUUUGUGUUCGAAGAGAGAACCAAGGAGGUUCCGCGGUUGAGACCAGAACUUGCUGAGCCCCUCAAAGUUAUGAGAGAAAUGGCCAGUAAGAUAGCCAAGAUCUCGAAGGAGGCCAAGAUCGAGAUCGUCGAGAAGGAAUAUGUUGAAGGCUUCAGAUCGGAGUUGAUGGAGGUUGUUUAUUCGUGGGCCAAAGGCUCAACCUUUACGCAGAUCUGCCAGAUGACAGACGUCUACGAGGGCUCUUUGAUCAGGAUGUUCAAGAGACUCGAGGAAAUGUUGAGGCAGCUGACGGAUGCUGCCAAGGUCAUUGGAAACACUGCCCUCUACGACAAGAUGGAGAAGGCGAGAGAAUUAAUCCAUAGAGACAUUGUUUCUGCGGGAUCUCUAUAUCUAUGA